UUCGUCCGCGUAGAUUAAUGACUUCUGACAGAAUUAACCAGAAUCAAUUCAGUGCGUAAGGUUUGAGUAAUAAAAACUAUUCUAUCGACUAUUGUUGUACCUAAUCUCUUUCAAUGGCUAAGAAGAUUUAUACAAACUCUCAUUCCCUAUUUUAUCCCCUUAGGGGUGGAAUUUAUCAAAAUCCUUUCUAAUGAGAUACUUAUGUCAUAGCAACUUUAUGCAUGCAAAGUCUCAGCCCGAUCAAUUUAAAACUGGCAAAGUAUCAUACAAACUUUCACCCCCUAUUUUACCCACUUUGGGGUGGGAAUGUUCAAAAACCUUUCUAAAGGGACGUUUACGUCAUAAUAUCCAUCUGCACGCCGAAUAUCAACCCGAUCGGUGUAAAACUGACAAAGCUUCAUACAAACGUUAAUCCUCUACAUUACCCCAUUGGAGGUGGAAAUAAUCAAAAUCCUUACUUGGGGAUGCCUACGUCAUAACAUCUACCUGCAUGCCGAAUUUCAUCGCAUCGGUGUAAAACUGACAAAGUCUUAUACAAACUUUCAUCCCCUAUUUUACCCGAUCGAUUUAAAACUGACAGUCUCAUACAAACUUUCAUCCCCUAUUUUACCCCCUUGGGGGUGGAAAUCAUCAAAAUCCUCUCACAGCUGAUGCUUACAUCAUAA